AUGGAGAAGUUUUUUCCAAACAAUUGCUCGACAUUGACUAAGACCGAACUCAUCGAAAAGGAUUUCCCAAACAUUGCUCAAAAUUACAAAGAUCAUGUACGGUUGAGCGAAAGAAUUAUAUUGAUUGCAAAAAACGUUGAUGUCAACGAAACUAAUUUUCAGAUUCAAAAUAAGAUAGCUGGCGAAUUAAUGACAUACAAAUCGAUUGAUUCCGUUACUGAUCAAGAUGAUGUUAUCGACUAUCCAACGGAGUUUUCAAAUUCGCUGGAAUUGCCUGGAUUACCAUCUCAUAAUCUGCAAUUAAAAAUCGGAUCAGUAAUCAUUAUGUUGUGGAAUAUAGACCAGCCACGUCUUUGUAAUGGCACCCGACUUGCGGUGAAGAAAUUAACGAACGUCAUCGAAUUUUUAAAUGGAAGUGUAAAGGCGAAGACUUUUAGAUUCCACGGAUUCCUUUGA